CUUUCCAUACGAUGCAGGAAGUGUUAUGAUAUUACAGUUAAUGUGAACACACCAAGCUUUGUUUUCACAAUGUCAAAAUAUGACGAAAACAUAUGAAAUAAAAACAUCAAAGCGUCAUUGAAAGCGUAAAGGAGUGCGGUGAAAUCAGGCAGGAGACAUCAUGUCUGACCACAAUGACUGCAGUCUGUCGUCUGAGGAGAGGGUCCGUGCUCUCACCAAGCUGGGCAGCUCUGUGGACGUCAGCGAGGACGUGCCGCCCCGCCGGUACUUCCGCUCGGGGAUGGAAAUCAUCCGAAUGGCCAACAUCUAUGCAGAGGAGGGGAAUGUCGAGCAUGCGUUUAUUCUAUACAAUAAGUACAUCACGUUGUUUAUUGAAAAACUUCCUAGACACCGUGAAUAUAAAACCGCCAACAUUCCUGAGAAGAAAGAAACGAUGAGGAAAUUAAAAGAAGUUGCUUUUCCGAAAGCUGAGGAACUGAAAAAGCUGCUUCUCAAGCAGUACGACAAAGACCACGCCGAAUAUCUCGUUCGAAAGCGAGUGGAGGAUGAGGCCCAGGCUCGAGAAGUGGCCAAGCAGCGGGAGCUGGAGGCCGAGAAGCAAAGACUGGCCGAGCAGCAGCAGCGUCAGCGCGAGCAAGAGCAGUUAAGCGCCUUCGAGGAGAUGAUCCGCAGACAGGCGCUGGAGAAGGAGCGCCAGCGCAUCGUGCAGGAGUUCAGCGUCCCCGUGUCGCCCACCUCUCCCAGAGAUCUCCUGGUGCCUGAUGUACAAGGACCUCCACAGGCCUCAUUUUCACCGCCGACGACCCCCGGAGGAACCCCGAACCAUGUCUCUCAACCUUCAUCCCUCCCAGCGUUUGACCGCUCACUGAAGCCGAGUGUUUCAGUCAGUGCAGGACACAGUGCGUUGGUAAACGGCUUGCGGCAGCUCUUUGUGCCCGCCGAGCUGUGCCAAAGGUUUUUAAAACUAGCAGAUGCCAACACAGCACGGGCUGUGGAGACCUGUGGGAUUCUCUGUGGCAAGCUGAUGAAGAACGCCUUCACAGUGACACACGUGAUUGUGCCCAAGCAGUGUGGGGGACCCGAUUACUGUGACACCGAGAACGAGGAGGAACUUUUCCUAAUCCAGGAUCAGAAUGAUCUCAUUACACUGGGCUGGAUUCAUACCCACCCGACGCAGACGGCCUUUUUAUCCAGUGUGGACCUGCACACACAUUGCUCUUAUCAAAUCAUGCUUCCAGAGUCCAUAGCCAUUGUGUGCUCACCUAAAUUUAAUGAGACUGGCUACUUUCGGCUGACAGACUAUGGGAUGGACGAGAUCUGUUCCUGUAAACAAAGAGGAUUCCACCCACAUCCAAGGGAGCCGCCACUCUUCUCUGCUAGUCAACACGUUACCAUCACAGACGGAAGUGUGACCAUGAUGGAUUUGCGGUGAUUUAAUCGCUGCUGCUUCAAAAUACGUGCCUUUGCUCCUGACCUCACAGCGACUUGCCAAGAAGCUCCUAAUGGUCCGAAAAGGUUCUGUGCUGAACAUUGCUACAAAGACACUGGGCCUCUGUUAUCGCAAUUUAGCAGUCUAUAUUUAUUAGUUUAAUUCUGUAAUAUCCAAAUGUGACCAAUAGGCACUUAAAGUUGAGGUGUGUAGUUUCUAGCUCUAGCAGCAUCAAAUGGAUUUGCAAAAAUAAAAGUUGUAACCUCAAGAAAGCAUAAUGGAAAAAUAGAAAUGCAUGGCUUCUGUGAGCAUCCAUUUGUUUAAACCAAGUUAAUUCUAUUUGAUGUUGCAGAAAUUACACACUUCAUCUACUCUACCAGUCAUAAGUUUUUGAACAGUACAAUUUUUAAUGUUUUUUAAAGAAGUCUUUUCUGCUCACCAGUCCUGGAUUUAUUUGAUCCAAAGCAAAAACGGAAAAAAAAUUAAAUAUUUUUACUAUUUAAAAUAACUGUUUUCUAUUUGAAUAUAUUUGAAAGUGUAAUUUAUUCUUGUGAUCAAAGCUACAUUUUCAGCAUCAUUACUCCAGUCUUCAGUGUCACAUGAUCCUUCAGAAAUCAUUCUAAUAUGCUGAUUAUUAUUAUCAAUAUUUAAAACAGUUGAGUACAUUUUUUCCAGGAUUCUUUGAUGAAUAGAAAGAGCCAAAGAUCAGCAUUUAUUUGAAAUAUAAAGCUUUUGUAACAUUAUACACUAUACCAUUUAAAAGCGUAGAGUCAGUAGUUUUUGGGGGAGAAAAUUGAUUAAAUAAAAUUAAAGAAAUUAACACUUUUAUCUAGCAAGGUUUGAUCAAAAGUGAUGUUGAAUCAGAACAUUAGAAUGAUUUCUGAAGGAUCAUGUAGCUGGAGUAAUGAUGCUAAAAAUUCAGCUUUUAAAUCAGGAAUAAAUUACAUUUUAAAAUAUAUUCAAAUAGAAAAACGUUAUUUUAAAUAGUAAAAAUAUUUAAACAUUUUACUGUUUUCACCUUGGAUCAAAUAAAUGCAGGCUUGGUGAGCAGAAGAGACUUCUUUAAAAACAUUAAAAAUCUUAAUGUUCAAAAACUUUUGACUGGUAGUGUAUAAAUGCCUAUAAAUAUUUCAGUUUACUGUUAAAAAAAAAAAAAAGAUUUUCCAAUACUAACAAGAAAAUGAUUCUUUGCAACGUUGUCUUUUGCCAUUCCAUGUUUUGCUGUUUUAAAACACUCAAGGCUUAAUAAUAUGGUUCAUGUGCAGGAUCACAUAAGCCAUCCUCUUAAUACUACACUGCUGUUAUAUUUUAUUUAAAUAUGCAGUCGUUUUUAUCUCUGUUUCUGCUCAUACUAAAGAUGUUUCACAUCUUUAUAUUGACUAAAACAUCAUUGUACGCCAUUACAACCAGUUUCAAACAAACUGGCUUCUGUAUUUAGCAUAGCACGUCACAGUGCAAUUACUAGUUCUUUACAUCUGACUGAUUUUGUUAAUCUCUUACAAAAAAUAGCUACUUUGAUAUGUAUCAGACUGUUAUCAUGAAGAUUAUAGGGAGCAAAGACAUAUUAAUUUUAACGUUCUUUCAGCCAAACUGAUCUCUGAUGAUUUAUAUAACAUUAAAAGUGUUGUUAGACUUAAUGUAUAGAAUUUUCUGUAAUCACAUGGUUCAUUUUUGCAGACUCUGAAGCUUUUAAUACAUAGUUAAAUGCAAACAUAUCCUCACUUGAAUUUUAUCUGCUAAGGCAAGACACUACAGGGAAAACCAUUCCUUUUAAGACCCCUAAGUCUUCUUUCAGACUUCCAAAAUACACAUUUAAGCAUCUAUUAGUUUCAAUGCGUACCUUGUUCACCUGUGGUGUCUUGUUUUAAUUGUUAAAGGCUAGCAUUUCUUUCAUGGCACUUAUGGACUGCAAAUAAACAAUGUGUUUAUUGCUUACCAUG